AUGGCUACUCUGGACACAGCACGUAAUUAUACCCCCACAUUUCUUGGUCUAGCAACCCAGUUAGGAAUAUCAGCUGGUAUUUCCCUGUACUGUUUAUUACAAUUUGAAUGGAAUAGACGUCAAAAAACUUUACAAUAUCUCUAUACUGCCCGUACAAGACUAUCAAAAAAUGCAACCCCACCAAUGCCUAAAGGAUUAUUUUCUUGGAUAAAAGCCACUAUUUUUUUGACAGACGAAUUUUAUUUAAAAAGUGUAGGUCUUGACGCUUUAAUGUAUAUUCGAUUUCUUCGAAUGUCAUUUCAAUUUAUAUUAUUUAAUGUUUUUGUUGUUGGUAUAAUUCUUAUACCAACAAAUUACUUUGCGGGGGGUACUAGUGAUGGUGUUGAAGUACUUUCCAUUAAUAAUAUUCCCGUCAAUAAAACACAACCACUUUGGGCUCAUAUGAUAUGCACAUAUAUAGUUAGCUUUAGCUGGAUGUAUCUUUUAUAUAAAAAUUAUUAUGAUUACAUGAUAUUACAUAGAGACCAUCUUUUAAAAAAAGUGGUGACUGAUUCUAUCACUGCUAGGACUGUAAUGGUAUCUAGACUUCCUCAUGAUUUGAGAUCUGAAGAAAAACUUCAAGAAUUUGUUGAAGGGUUAGGUUUGGGUCCCGUAGAAUCUACAAGAAUUGUGAGAUACACUGGAAAAUUAGAUCGAAAAAUUCAGAGGAGAGAGAAUGCUUUACUUUUACUUGAAAAAGCUCAUAUAAAACUUGCAAAAAAUGUUUGUAAUACUAUUAAAGGUCGGGGAUUUUUUGAGUUUGGUAAUUGGUCAAGACUAUUUGGUCGUAAUAAUAUGACUUCUCAAGAUAUAUUAGAGGCUGGUGAAACAAAGGAACAUCAAAGAAUUCAAUCACUUGUUGAAUGGUUGAAUCCUCGUAAAAAGAAAUCUGAUAAUAAUCAAAUUCAAAGUUCAUCUGAUCAAAGUAAACAUUUUACUACUCCUAGUGAAGAUAUUAUGAAUCAAGAGGAUGGUUAUGGUCGUCAAUUUAUCAUAUGGGAUGCGCUUUUUCAUAUAUCUAAGCCUGUACUUGAUAGGUUUCAACCCACUCGUAGAAUGGGAUUUAUAAAAGGUGGAAAGAUUCUUUCGAUUGACCACUUUCUUAAAAAAUUUAAUUAUUUGGAUCGUCGCAUCGCUGAAUUGCGCUCUAUGCCAUUUAAUGCUACCGCUAGUCCUUACAAGCCUACGGAUACUGGCUUUGUAACUUUUCGUGAUCAUAUCAGUGCCCAAAUAUGUGCUCAAAGCAUUAUAAGUUCAAUUCCACAUACAUGUACUACUAGAAUGGCUCCAGAACCAAGAGACUUACUUUGGGAAAAUUUGAUCAUGAAGUUUCGAGAGAAUAUGAUUCGCUAUGUUAUUGUUAAUGCCUGCGUUUGGGCUUUGACAAUCUUUUGGCUUUUCCCUAUAGUGGCUUUUCUUACUCUAACAUCAAUUAGUUCACUUUCCUCACGAAUUUCUUUCUUGGGAUCAUUUUUGGAAGCUACACCUGCGAUACGUACUAUGCUUCAAAACGUUUUACCAACUGUGUUAGUUUCAUUCUUCAUGGCAAUUUUACCUUGGAUUUUAAUGGAAAUUUCAAAACAAGAAUGUUUCACAUCUUAUUCAGAAUUGGAAGAAGCCGUAUUAGUUCGAUUCUAUCAUUUUUCCUUUUUCAACGUUUUCAUUGUAUUCUUAUUGGGUAUUACAUUUUUGCAAUCAAUUUUUGAUGUGAUCAAUAAUCCCACUAAUAUUAUCGAGUUGCUUGCAACUAGUUUGCCUAAGGGUGCAACUUUUUUCAUAAAUUAUAUCGUUUUUAAUACUUGUACACAUGGUAUUGAACUUCUCCAAAUUGUACCGCAGUUUUGUCUCCACCUCAUCCUUACAUGCAGAUUCAUAGCCACAACUCCUCGUAUGCUUAAACGUGUGACGAAUCCUUGGUCGUUUCAGUUUUAUUUUUAUUACCCUUGUCAUAUUUUAGUUCUUGUGAUCACCAUUACUUAUUCAACAAUCAAUCCUUUGAUAUUGGUUUUUGCACUUGCAUACUAUGGAAUUGCCCUUGUAGUAUUUAAACACCAAUUUGCUUAUUGUUAUGUGAGACAAUAUGAAGCUGGAGGAAAAUUUUAUCGUCGUGUUUUUCGUUACACUACUGAUGGAUUAAUUAUUUUUCAGUUAACUGUUCUUGGUGUAAUUUGGCUUCGCAAGGCAAUAACUCAAGGCUCUCUUAUUGUACCACUUAUAAUAAUUACUGGAUAUUUUAAAUAUUAUUGUCAUAAGACAUUUCAUUCUAGAACAAAUUAUCUGGCUUUAGAUACUCGUUCAAAACAGCAAGAUAAAGAAAUUUUAUCAACUAUUAAAGAAAAUCAAUCAGAAGGUUCUAUAAAAUCUACAUCAAAAGGAGACGAUGAAAACAAUAUUGGUUCUGCUGAUAAUAAGAAUUCAUCAUCACAAAUGAUAGAAACUAGUGCUGAUAAUGUACUUGUUAAACGUGUAAUAAGUGAUGAAUCUCAUGGUACUGAUAGUGAAUCAAGUACAAAAUAUAAUAGUUCAACUAAUAUGCACUCAAAAAACACUGAUUCAAAAAAUACUGAUGAAAGUACUUUAAAAGGACCGAGUUGUAACAAUGCCAAUGAUGAUGUUCCAUUACAAUCUUCUAUAAAUUUAACUCAAACUUCAAUCGAUAAAGUUGAACAUGAGAAAACUAGCGAUUAUGGAACUGGAACUCGACAAAUCCAAUUUCCAAAAACAGCGGCAAUAUUACGAAAUAAUAUUAAUGAUGAAAAAAUUGGUUAUGAUAGUAGUACAUCAAAUAGUGUAUUUAAGAGACCUUCACUAAAGUUAACACUUGCCCCUCCGAAUCCAAAUCCAUCAAACUUACCAGUGUUGACCUCAUCUCCCAUAAGCUGUUCUGAUCUAGGAGUUGCACGUACACCUUUACGAAGUUCACGAUCGAAUAUGUAUCCUGUAGUUGUAACGUAUGAUCCUAAUAGUGAAGAACUUCAAGAUGAAGCAUCACAGUAUCAAACAUAUACACAUCCUAAUCUUGUUAAAGAUUUGACUAGAAGACUCUGGUUACCCAAGAAUCCUCUUAAAAAAAUUAAUAUUGAAGAUACUGUUAAACUUACUCGGGCGUUAACAUCAAGUGAUGGUGGGGUUGGAGUUGUUGGAUUUUGGGGAGAAGCUUCAAUAUAUUUAAGUGCGGCGAGAGUUAGUGAAUACGGAUUGCAUGAAUUCGUUCCUCCAACACUACACCAACGAGGUGCAACCGUUAGUACAGGUGGUGAAAAACCUUGUCACCAUAAACGAAAAACUUCAUCACGAAGAACUAAUGUCAGUUUGGGAGCAUUCUUUAGUGGUGAAUUAAGAUCCGGAGAAUUAUCAAGUGGUGAAGAAUAUUAG